UGCUCAGUCAGUCCGCCCGGAGACGCGCGACCGAGAGGACGCGUAUUGUUUUGUCGGAAGAGUGUUACGUGCACGUGGUCGCGCGCACAUUACUCCUUUCUUUGCCGCGCCGAUGCUUGCCGACAGAAUCGCGUGUGGGUGUGUUACCUGUGUUGCGUAUGUGUGUGUGCGUGCGCGCGCGCGUGCGUGUGUGUGUGUGUAUGUAUGUGUGGGUGUAUGCAGCCGAGUGUAAUGCGGUGUAGCGUUUAGCGUGCUCCGACAACCACAUCGUGGAUAAGUCCCUCGACGCUGCAGAAGUACGGAGUAAUGGUCAGCUUCAAGAGUAACAACGUACCCAGCGAGCAGUCUACGCCACAUCGCCAUCUGCCUGGUACUCUGCGAGUUACCCUGAGCCAUUCUCAUAAUCAUCAGCACAACCAUUCACACAGACAUGAACCAGCACCACUACUACCAGCACCGUAUCUCACUCCUCCACCACCACCAGCGUCGAGUUACAUCACGGUGCAACGCGGCUGCGCUCUGCAUUCGAGGCUCGACCAACCGGUGACCAGUUCGACACCUGGGAUGGACAACAAAAAGAUUGUCCAAUCGGCCACGCCGCCCGCCGUACCUGUCCAGGUACGUAGCAAGCACGAUGGCUCGGGAGUGGCGGCAUCCGUGUCGGGGGUGCGCAGACGAAGCGGUCCUCAAGGAGGACUACGUUCGCCCGCUGCAAAAAGGCCGCUCUCUGCCCCAGUGGCGCUUCAGGGCUGGCUGCACAAGCAGGGCUCGGAGGGUCUCAUGCUCUGGAAGAAACGUUGGUUCGUCCUCUCCGAGUACUGUCUCUUUUAUUACAAGGGUCCGGAAGAGGAGAAACUGCUAGGUUCGAUAUUACUUCCCUCGUACAGAGUUACCGUCUGCAAACCCGAGGAUAAAGUUAACAAGAAGUUCGCCUUCAAGGCCGAGCACGCGAACAUGAGGACUUAUCACUUUGCAGCUGACAGUCGCGAGAGCAUGAACCAAUGGGUGAAUGCGCUAACUUUGGCGACGCUUUUGCAAGAUCCUAGCCCUGGAAUGGGCGAGGCUGCAGUGGUGAUCGAGAUAGCGCAGGACGGCGAGCGAAGUGCUCGGCCCAGCGUCUCGUCGAUCUCGUCGAUCCUGAAUCAAAGCGCCGACGACAGCGACUCAGGCUUCCAUGGCUUUCAAUCGCGCGACGAUCCCAGCCACGCGUCGAACAACAACUCGAGUCCGAACAGCGCGAACACUGCCUCCUUCCCGAAUCUCAGCAGCAGCAACAGCAACGGCAACUCCGCCAGCAACAAUCACGGAAGCGACUCGGGUCACCCGAUGAUGAACGGUUGGGUGCCGCAGCCAAUUUCGAAUUACGGUCAACCCAGCACCUCUCAACCGCAAUCGCAGCAGCAGCAGCAACAGCAACAAUACGGACACUUGCAGCAACUGCAACCGAACCACUCGCAUCAGCAUCAAGCGUUGUUGCAUCAGCAUCUACCCCAGGCAAACGUGCUGCCGCCCCAUCAGUCGUCGCAUCCGCACAAGCACAUGCUCCAGCAAUCGCCGCAGCAGCAGCAGCAGCAACAGUCGUCUCAAUCCAUGCCGCAUCCCAUCGCGGGCAACGUUCAGACGGUGCAGCCUAUGUCCCGAAAAUUCGGACAGCCGAUUUACGCUAACGCGCCGCCAAAACCGAGAAGAUUGACGGACGGUUCAAACGAGUACUCGACACCGUCACCCGAUCCGGAUUAUCGGAAAAGUCCGGUCUCGCCGGACGUUACGGUGACGAGUAAAAGUCCGAUGUCCGAUUACGAGAGGAGCAACACGAUUUACGGCACGCGGAUGAAUCAGCCGCCGCAGCAUCAGAGUCUGCGGACCGACAAGUCCGGCCUGAAUUACGGCUACGGUCAAAUCGCGCAACCGACCGAAAGGAGGACCCCGGACACCUACGGACGUAGCGCGAAGCCGAGAACCAGCAGCAGGGGUAAUGGCGACUACGAGGAGCUCUACGGCACUCCGCCGCUCUACCAGAGACCCGCUGGUCCCGUGGGUUACACCAAGGGUGCGUCCCCGGCGCCAAUUCCCAUCCCCGUUUACGCGCAGCAGCAACAUCUACAGCAACUGUUGCACUCACCCGUCACGCCGCCGCACAUGCCGAUGAAGACGAGAAUUCAACCGCCACCGCGACCGCACAGUGCUGAUUUUCUAGAAUACGAAGCGACGAGACGACCUCAGCAACAACCCGCGCAAUGCGAGAGGCCACCGGAUCAGCAGAGACGUCCGCAGAGGCCUAAGUCCAGCCUAGAUAUAGUGAAUCCGUCGGAUGCGACCAACGAUGGUUACUUCUACUCCGAAGAAAGAUACGCGGCACAGAUGCGGCAGUCUGCGGUUUAUUUGCACCAGACCCCGCAGCAUUAUCAGCAACAGCGGAAUCAGUCUCUCUCGCGCGUCACGAUGCAGCCAAAACUGCCGGGUAUCCGUGACAAGACUGACGAGAGUAGAAUAGCCAUAUUGCCGGAUUCCACCUGCCCCGCUCUGAGACGCACCCAGCGAGAUCACGUUCACGGGCAACACACGAUGCCCCCUCAGUCGCUGACGCAGAGACAUUCCGAGAUAAUGGGCAAUGACCCAAAAUUCCGAAGAUCGUUGCGCGAGAAGAGCUACGAGGCGAAUGGCCGCGAGAUGAUAACGCAUGGUGGCGAGGACAACACGAUCCCGCGAAGGGUACCUCGUGGCGAGUACGACGGGUGGGGAAGAACGACGAGUCACAGUGUCCACGGAACCCACAUCGCUCAGACGUAUCACGCCGGUGGUCACGCAGGUGGUGGCAGACGAUGGAGCGAGCAGCAGCAGUUCUGCAGAUCGGCAUCGGCGCGUCUGCCAAGGACACGACAUCCCGCCGCGCUUGAUCCCGACGACGACGACUACGCCGAGAGGUCCUCCGAGCAGGAUUCGCGGGAUGGUGAACGCAAGAUUCAGCAGCGCGAAGAGUCGAUGAAGCGGUUGCUGGAAUGGAAGCAGCGUAUGCUGCAAUCCCCGUUAACGCGAAAGCCAUCCGGUUCGGCCAAUCGGGGCAGGGCACAAAAUGAUCUUUCGAGUUACUACAAGCAACAGGCGCUGCUGGAUUUGGCAGCGCACGAGGCCGCCGUGGCUGAGGGUCGUCACUCCCGUAGGCGGGAAGACGGGCAUCGUUCGCAUGUCAGGAGCAAGAGCUCGGACGGCCGUCGGACUGCCGUCAACGUGCCACGCUAUAACAGCUAUUCCAGCGAUGACGAAGCGUCCGGCUCGGGGUCCGUAAUAGGAAGAGAUCCGCUUCCGCCUAGGGCCGUCAGCACGUCUCAUCUGCCUCAAAGAACGCUGACUCAACCGCCAACGGCGGUGUCCACUCUUCCGUUACCGAGAAGCAACGCCGGCCAUCGGCAGCCGCUUCCGCUCCAUCGCUCGACUCCGCAGCAGCAAGCGUCUAUGAGGCAGAUGGAUGGCGAAACCACCGCCCAGAUGCUGAGGGCCGUAAGCAACGGCGACAUCGUCAAGGGUCCUGCCAUGGUUACCGGGAACGAGAUGAGAGACCUGAGGUUAGCGUCACCGAGCGGUCAUUCCACUCAGCGAUUGAUCAGCCCGGUCGGACACUUGCGGGUCGCUUCGUUAAACGAUCAUCGUGUUUCCAGUCCCAGCGACAGCGAAAUACACGUACACAGUCCAAACGAGAGAAAAAUGAUGAGCUCGAUCGGCAGGGAUUUAGACCGAGGAGGAACAACGACGACGCCAACGAGUCAGAGACAAAACCAGCAGCAGCGGAUGCGCGCGGAUUGCAGCGAACUGCUGCAUAAAAGGAGUAACGUCAACAGUUCCCUGAGAGCGGACGGCAGGCAGGUGACGUCCGGGUUGGUGCGCGUCUCCGCUGGCGAGCUUCUCGGCAGGACCCAUGAGGAGCUGGUGCUACUGCUGAUCCAGUUGCGACGUCAGAACGCGACGGUCCUCAAGGCGAUGGAGACGUGUCACAUGGAGAUCGAGGCGCAGGCUAGACUGGCGGAACUCGACACACCGAGACGACUGGAGAAUCUUCAAAAACUCGAGGAACUCAAGAGACACCUGAUGGACCUUGAGAAGCAGUACGAGAAGAGCAAGCCUCUCGUGAACCUCGUGGAUAAUAUGGUGAAGUUGGGUUCCCUGUAUAAUCGUAACACUGCCAAUGGGACCAGCAAUGUUUCCGGUUCUCGCCACGAUCUCAUGCACGAAAAUGCAAGGGAUCAUCGCGAUCGUCUGGAAUUUAAUCAGAGGGUGCAAGAGCAACGAUUGCUGGCCGAGGAGCGCAGAGAUUGGGAUAGAUUGAGUCCCGAUCAUGGACAGUUACAGGCCAAAGUGCAGCAGCUCUACAAACUCGAUCGAUUGCUUCAAGAGGAAUCUGGCACGCUGCACAGUCUCCAACAAGACAAGGAAAUACUCGAGAAGGCUUUGGGCGGGUUGCGGCACAAACUGCAAGGUAGCAGAAGCAAUUUGGCCGAAGCCGAACGAUACCGGAAGCAGCAACUUCUGUUGGAGCGCGAGUUGAGCAGAGUGAGGGUGUUGCUCGCUCACAACUCGAAGGUAAAACCAGUAUUCUUCCAGAAACUCGAGGAGACGGUAGCCGAAAAUGCGAGAUUGGAGCAAGAUUUGGUGGUAUUGAGGCAAAAAGUGCAAGCGUCUAGAAGAUACGCCGGUAAUAUUACGAGAGAUACUCCGAGUACGACCGCACCUCUGGAAGCGGAAUUACGACGGAUGCAACAACUCGUCGGCGAUCUGCAGAGACAAAGGAAGGAACUGAGCGUUCAAGUUCGCCAACUCACAGAGAAAUCUCAUAGUUUGGUGCAGCAAAUUCGCCCGCAGCCUCUGCACGCCCCUCAAGUGCAUCAGCCGAAAAAGCGUACGCAAAAUUCUUGGCUAGAGACCGACUUAGAUUCCGGAAUAACUCUGGACCACGGUUUAGACUCGCCAUCAAGUCCAUCUUUAUCCAUCUCACCUCCGAAUAGGCAAAACGAUAAUUCUCAUCAGCGAUAUGGCUCUCCUACGCAAUACAAGGAUUUAUCUCCGCUAAAUCGUCCACAAAAUCAAUCCUUCGUGCAACCUUCCCAAAAUCACAUAUCGGCGCUUUCGCCGCAAUUGCGCGAACAGAUUCAACAACAUCAAUUAAAGCAACAAUUAUUGAAAGAUCAAAUGCAGGGCAAAGGUAGCGCGAUCCAAGUUGCGCCUUUGUACGUUAAUACAGAUUCUAGAAUAACAGGUGAUUACAUUAUCGAUACGAGCAAGCACAAUGGAAAUAUGUUGUUGAAUGGCACGCCGAAUUUCGCUCCGGAAUAUAUUCCGCCGCCUCCACCGCCGCCGCCAUUAAACGAGGAGACAUUAUUAUUGAAUGACAAUUAUAGACAAAAUGAAGACAACAAAUUCGCCGGAUUAAUGCACAAUCGCGAGAAGCAAGAAAUUAAAACGGUACGUAUAGUGAAACGCGAGUCGGAAAGGCGGCAAAGGGAUCGCGGAGAUAGAACCGGAAAUAUUGGAAUUCCUCUGACGAACGGCCUUCAAGCACCAGGCAGCGCAAAGAGAUUGUGCGAUGAUGACUUGGGUGGUUCCCAAAAAUUCGAAAAAGCUCAACUGGGUAGAGUAGUGGAGGAAUCACCAUCGAUCAUUCACGCGCAAAGCACGGUUCAACUGUCUGAGCUAGACGACGUUCAGUUCCAAAGAAGCAUGUCUCUACCACGCGGUUUUGGUGGACAAAAGCAAAACUCUGCAGGAAUACAUUACGGACCGGUAGUACCUCCACCACGCAGCGACAGCAUGCACGCUCUGAAGAGCAUGAUGGCGCGACGACAUAAAAUUAGGUUCGAAAAUCACGACGGCAGUUCCGAUAGCACUUUAUCGCCGUACACGGACAGCCCUACGUCCAGCUCUUACAUACCGAUGAGUUCGCCCAACUACUCCACCGCAUCAUCAUACAGCCCGAGCCAGAAUCAAAAUUAUCCGUCGCAAGCGGCGAUGGUCAUCGCACAGCCUCACUAUCCUAAUCAGCCUAAUCAUCCGUUCGGACCACCGUAUAGGCAAUACGACAAAAUUGCGACUCUCGCGGAUACCGCAAGCUCUGAAUUAACGUCGACGACUAACUCCGGCGUCCAUGAUGCGCGACCGAUCCCUGUCGCAGCCGCAACGACGAAUGCAAACAAGUCCGAAUCGCCACAAUUGUCGCCGGUGUUCAAAAGUGAGGCUGCCAAACAGAUUAUCAAAGAGAUGACGGAGAAGAAAGUGGAGGGUCCGCGACGAAGACAAAUACCGCGGGAGAAGAGACGGCACUACACUGUAUCUAGUAGUAAACCGGUGCUCGACUUAGAGGAUACUUUCUCGAAGAUGGGCAUGGGCAGAGCUAGGGACGAUUUGGACAUGGAAAGAGCGCUCAGACCCAGAAUAAAUGCUCCCGAUGUAGUGCGUUCGACUUUAAGUCAUAAAGAGUUAAAGUAUAACGAGAGUACUAUAGAUCAGCUAUUAGGCACACCCAACAAAAUUGUCAUCCCCGAGAGAUAUAUUCCCGAACAGACGCCGGAGCUAACAGCGGAAGAACAGGAGCAGCGUUUAAAGAAGGCGGAAGCGAUCAGAAAAAUGCUCUCUGAAACGACCGUAACUGCACCGGAAGGAGGUGACGAUGAUUCUAAUGUAGAAAAAUCAGAUACAUUGAAACGAAAAGUAGUGGAAGAAAAGCGACAGAGGGAACACAUUCUUCAGCUUAAUCAAAUAUUGGCGAAGCAAGUGAUGGAGAAAAGUAAAAUGGUAGCAGUGAAAGCUCUGGCAACGCUUCCUCUGAAAACUGAAUCGAGCUUAGAUGAUGAGGAUCUUUCGCCUGUGGCUUCUUUACCACUUUAUCAGCAAAGGGAAAACUAUUAUUCGUAAGCAUCAUUCCAAGAGCACAAGUGACCCUACUGCCAAUACAAAGAAGAAAGAAGAAAGAAAACACACGAAAGAAACACGAAGAAAUCUUUUUCCAAGGAUUUAAUUCAAAAGCGUGCGAAAGUUUGCGCUUGCAAUAUAAUAAGGAAAAAGUGCUUUUUAUUUGCGUCGAGUGCAAUUGUAAAUAAUCACCGACUAAGUAAAGCGAUAAUAAAUAGCUGUCAUGUUUGUUAACGAUAAGGAUUCGUAAUAAAUCUAUUACACACGUAUGAAGAAAAAUGUUAAUUAAUUUAAGCGCAGACGGCGACUGCGCGUGAUCGAGAGAAUGGUUGUUAUCAGACUGAAUAUUUCUCAUAAAAUUCUCACUUAAACGCUAAAUUUACUAGCGUUGCGAUUUAUUAUCAUUUUUUUAGCAAUUACUGACAUUCAGCACUUAAAUAAGCAUUUUACUCGCGGAAUGACAGAGUUUAUCCGCGUGACAAAUUACCGGAUAAUUAUGUCCGACUUUGGGAAACUUUUUAUCGCGUCUCUUCGCAAUUGAAAGUUCUUUUUCAAAAGUUUUCAAAUUGAUAUGCAUAUACUUAUAAGUAAGUAAUAAGACUAUAUAUAUUCUCGACUGAGAGAGAGAAUCUGAUUUGGAUACCCUUAUUCGUAUAUAUCUCGUUUUACGUAUGUACAAUCAUUUUCACGAUUUUCACGAACUUUUAUAUUGACGAAAGCGAGCGACAAAAUUGCGUACCGUCACCAAAGCCUGAAGUUAGUACCUUUAGAUUUAUAUAUAAUGGCGCGACAGAGGCUCUUUAUUUUAGCGAUGAUAUCGAUUCGUGCGUACAAAUCGAAAAAGGAAGAUAAAAGGGAGUUGUAUGACUUAUAUAUAACUACUAAAAUAUCUCUCAAAAGCGCUGAAAUAUCGAACCUCUCCUAGACUUUAUUCGCCGAACUCGAUGGGACAACGGCGCCAAUCGUGAAAAUUACCGUGUAAUUAUAGAUUGUGUAAUUAGAUUUUAAGGAACGCAUGAUAUAUAUAUAUAUAUACAUACGCUUCUAAAGCGCCCGUUACAUAGAUAUAUUAUAUACGAUUUUUCACGGGUCAUUGUAGCAUGGCAUAUUAAUGUUCAGAGCAGUCGUAUAACAGUCGUAACGAGUGCCAAAUUUCUCUCAUGAUGGCGAGCAACAACGAGCGAUUGAACAAUCGUCAAUUAAAAAAAUCGCCACGGUAUUGACUGAACGAAAUAUGUAUAUUGCAAGCCGAGGCAAUAUACAGCGUUUAAUAUAAAAAUAAAACUCGCGAAAAAAACGAUUGUACGCGAUUAGUACUUUUUGUCAACAUAUAUUGAUAUACUUUGUCAAUAUCAUUCUCUUUUUAUAAUUUCUAUUUCGUAUCGGUAUUAUCAAGUCGAAUUUAAUCCCCCUUGGGCCUACAUCUCAUGGAUUAAUCUCGUGGAUUAGUAAAUGCAAUUUUGGGACCCACAGUCCGAAAUAUUUCAAAAUAUAGGUAUAUAGAAAUGAGAAAGACUUUUUAAAAAGCGUUUUCGGCUAAUCUAAAUUUCGAAUUAUUGAACUUUCGACUGGCGUAGAAAAGUAGAAAUUUAUACAUUUUUUAAUAUAUUCUCUUAAAUAUAUAUAUACAACAUA